AUAAAAGUUAACGAAGAUGUCCAGAUCACUACUAGCUUUAUUGCUCAUCUCCAUGCUCGCAUUUAGUGCUCAAGGUAAACUACACAUUUAUAUCAUCACUAACCGCUAUAUAUUAUUUAUUUAUUCACAAAUUCAUAUCUCCUGACUCAACUGAAAAAUUAUACUUUUAGCUGCCACACGUAGUAAGCAUGUUACAAAAUAUUCCAAACCAAGCUCAUCUGACGCUUAAUCAUAUUCAGAAGAAGAAGAAGAAUCAGAAGAAUAUUCAGACCUUGAGGCUUAAUAUUCAUCAGAAGAGGAAACAGAGGAGGAAUCUGAUGCUCAUUCAUCAUCUGAAGAAGAGGAAGAAGAAUCUUAUACAAGUUCAUCAUCUGAAUCUGAAUAAGAAUCCGAAGAAUCAGAGAGAUGUAAUACUAGGAUUUCAUUUUAGUUGUUUACCGUAAACACAAUCCUACAACUGCAGCCCCUGCUCCCACCACUAAUUCCACAACCAGAGCGAAAAAUGGAGCUCUACUUGCCGGUUUAGUCGUAGCCGCCAUUGUUUUCUGAUAAAUAAAAAGAAUAUUCAAAAUAAUUAUCUUAUAAAAC